UUUUAUAUGUUUUUCUCCUUACUUGAAUGAUCAAACGGCAGCGUUUCGAGCUCUUACACAAUUAACAGAAAAAGGUUUUCGAUCAGAAGCUGGGAAUAUGUCUAGGGAAUGGAGGCUCUCGAAUCUGUGCCAUCUGGAACCAGAUGUCAUUUAUUUAACCAAAGACAAGGAAGAGGAUCUUCUAAUUGUUCUCUCUCAGUUGUUUAGAGAAAUUCAGACAAUCAAACGUGAACUUGAUUGUGAUUCUGAUGAAGAAGAUAAGAAAUUAUGGGGUGGAUUAGAAUUACAUCAUGAGGAUCAUAACUGUUUGAUCAAAAUCCUAGCUGACCUGGUAACUCUUUUAACAGUCGAGAGUCAGUUUGUACCACAUUUGGUGGGCAACAUUCUUCUUGUUGUUUCUGAGUUUGUGGCUGCUUCUGGAAGUGAAUGGAAUUCUUUUAUUCAUUCAUUGUUUAUUUGUUUGGAAUUGGCAAUUUCUAAUGUGUUGUCACACACUUUGCCACCUUCAACAAAUGGAGCUGGAUAUUCAAAAUAUGAUUCAUCUAGCUUUGUUGUCUUAAAAUCUAGACUAGUAAAUGCUAACUGGUCUGCAGCAGCUGCAAUUAUUCGAGUUUUACGCAACAUAUUAAAAUAUUUGAAGCAAGAGGCUGAUGAUGAACUUCGUGAGGCGUACUUUGGUUCUGUCCAUUCUUUUCUUUCGAAUGUGCCCUGUGAUUUCAUGGAUGAGAUUCAAGUUAGUCAGAGUAGUGAGACUAAGGAAAGUGAUGCUCAGAAUAAUCACUUUAUGGAUGCUUUAUUUUUGAAAAAUGUUGGUGAACAGCAGAAGAAAAUUGUGUUUCUAGGCAACUUUAUUCAGCUUCUCUGUUCAUUAGUUGAACAAAGCUGUGACGUGGAAGUUAAGGUUGGCUCCCAAGAUCAUCAUCCUGUUCUUUGCUUAAUCACCAGCUUUGUGCCUAAAGUUGUAUCUUGUUGUCUUGGGGGGCAAGGGAAUUGUGUGAGCGCAUCUGUCUCUCAAUACUUCAGACAUAAAUUGUUGAUGCUUAUGCUGAGGCUUAGUUACCAAACUUGUCUUGAUUACUUUACUCUCAUUUCAUGGUUGCAACUUCUUCAUGAUUACUUUGAAGUGCUUUUGUGGAAACCCAUAAUCAAACUUGAGUUUCCUCAAGAUGAAAGCCUUGAAGACUCUCCCUUUUUAUCAAGUCUUUCUGAUGGAGACAUACAUGGCAUCAACUCUCAUCACUUGCAAAGGUGGGCUAUUCUCCUUUUCCUGAGGUGUUGCUUUGGCCUGAUCAGCUUGACAAGGGACAAGAGCAAGAAGUGUACAUGUGGAACUCUCAACUGUUGCUCGGGUUACUCAAUCUCAGACAUGGACUGUUGUGGUAGAAAGAAAGGUUUCUUAGAGAUUUACAAAUGGCUUCAAGGGCAUUUUCCAAUUGAUAUGUCAGUGGGCCAAGAGAUGUAUUUCGAGAAGUGCAUAGGCUUUACCUUUUCUUUCCUUCAACUAUAUAUGCAUGAGGACGAUGUCUUAUUUAAGGUGCUUCUGCAACUGCUAAGCAUAAACUCCUGUCUAGAGCAACUGUUGAAUAGGGUAAAGUGGACAUCAGAAGAUGUUAAAGAAGAUAUUCUUUUCCAUAUUUCACACAUCUUUAAUCCUGUAUAUCUGUUCCAUCUGUUCCUCGCAGAGUUGCAUUAUGAUCACCAAGUGCUUCUUGAUUACCUUAUUUCUAAAGAUAUAGGAAUCAGUUGCGCAGAAUAUCUUUUAAGGUGUUUGCGUACUGUGUGUAGUUCAUGGCACUUAUUUAUGAAAUUUUCUACGUAUGAGAAAGUUAUAAAUCACUCUUUUUGCAAAAGAAGAAAAAUCUUUCUAGAAGCUUCUAAUCUUCAGGUGGAGACAUCAUCUGUGCCUAUAAAAUUCGCUCCUUCAUCACUUGAAGAAAAAGGAAAGAAAAAAUUUGAAUAUUGUCAUAAUGACUGUAAAACCAGAAGAAAGCUGUUCAAGAAAGCCAAAGAUUGUUUGCUUUCUUUGAAAGAUUCUGUAGAAAAUCUUCAACGCAAGAAUUUGUUUCCAUAUAAUCCCGAAGUUCUCUUAAAACGUUUAAAAAAGUUUGAGGAGCUAUGCCUUGAUCAAGAGACUCAUGGCUUUCUAUGACUGGAUCAAUUAUUUGGGAACUUCAAAAGAGUUGAUAUUUGCAUCUUUUGCUUUGGGAUUGAAUAAGGAAUUAGUAUCCUAUCACUCUGAAUGUAUUUGGAAACAUUAAUUACAUAUGGACUAAUUGCACUUCUGGAAUUGAUUA